ACACGUCUUCCUCAACUCCCCCGACCCCCCUCUAUCGACAGUUACCAUUUCCACAUCGUGCACAGUUCCCACACCUCACAGUAUUUCUCAUAGGAUCUGACAUAACCAGCAUGGAUUACUCUUCUACCUUUAACCCUCUCUUUAAUUCAGCCACCACAACCGCCAAUAACUCGACAUUCGCAAACUCUGUGUUCGACGCCUCAGUCACGAUCCCGGAUUUCACCAAAGAGAAAAAGUUCACAGAGUGGCACAAAAAGCAAGGGAUCCCGGCUCCUCAGGAUUAUCCUUCGUUUGCAAAUCAGCCAGCGCCGUUUUCUGCCCUACGGCAAAACCCGAAUGUACCGACCGCUGCCUCCUCAUAUAUCCAUAAGGUUUCCACUCUUCAACCCGCGACUGAUGCAAGGGCCUCUUUGCUUGAGGCAGAUGCACAUGGUGGCCUUAAUGAACCUUUGGAAGGAAGGAGAAAGUCAACACUCAAAAAGACACUAUCGUCAUCGCCUCCAGGCUCCCCCAGUGGCCACUGGCCCAGAAACACCUUUGGAUCUCGUCCAAUAAGUCGAACACGCAACCGUUCGUCGUCCAUGACAGAUGAUCAGCCUCUGCAUGCUGCCGAUACAAAUGCGCCUCCUUUGCUCUCGAUAUACGAUUCCAUGCCCUUUGAUCCCACUCCGUUGGAGUUAAAACCCGCCGAUGCGACAUUUACUCCAACACAAGUUCGGGUCGCAAACUUUUCCGAAGACAGGUUUCCGGACCUUAUUCGUUCGUUACGUCGAUACUACGGAGUUAUAUUAGAACCUUAUUCCGGACUCCCAGCAAACGAGAGCAAGUUUCAUGAUCCCGACAUUGUUCCGCGUGAACAGUUGGACGCGAAGACAUUACGGAAGACACAGCCUCUUGCGGGCGCGGAUGGAGGCCCUGGGCAUUGGGUCAGAAUCACCUUUGGAGAACGCGAAGCUGCCGAACGCGCCGUUGCAGGGUCGGCAAAAGGUGAAUUGGUGAUUGGUGGAAGGACAAUUAUUAUCACCCUCUGGACUGAGGACCCGAUCAUUGACAACCCCUUACCCAAUACAUCUUCUCAAAUGGAUAUUGAUCCUCCUCCCACACCACUUAGACGAAGCAGCUCUCAGUCCCUAGCUUCGCCGCGAUCUUUGAGGAGGUUACCCACGGGUUUUGAGGAGUCUGCCCCAGGUGGUGGUGAAGGGGGUAAUGUCUACUCAGAACACAUGCCCGGGGCCAAAAUCAUUGUGCCGAAACCUGUAGAAUUCGCAAAGAAUGAAGGCUGGUUCAGUGGACUGGCGGGGUCGCUUGUGAGCGGACCGAAGGCGGUAGUUGCUGGGGGGCAGAGAGGGCAAGGAGGUGGGUGGAGCCUCCCCAGUGUGUAUGGAUACGUCAUGGAUGACCUCGUCGGAUUGAAGAGAUUGUAA